AUGAGGAGCCGCAAGAGUCAGCACUAUCCAGAUGUCCCUCCCACGCGACUCCUAUCGUUAACAACAAUAUCUCCCCACGCCACAAUUAACCAAAAAGACCGAGCUCAAACCUGCAGGGUCUCAGCUGAAACUACUUUGGUCCUUGGUGUUGGUUUACUGAGAGAGAGCCAUGGCCUCCACUGCCACCGCUGCCACCUGCGCCCUCACCUCUCCGGCGCGAGCAAGAGCUGCCGCGGUGCCGCAUCGCGUCAGCCUGUCAGCUCUGCACACGCCGGCCAAUGCGGGACCCACAAACCGAGCUCAGGCUCUCAGGCUCGCGAGCCUCGGAGGAGUACUACUACCGCUUCCUAUCGCAAGACUGCACGAAAUGUCGUUGCCAUGGCAACAGGAGAUGCACCAGCUGAAGUUGCUUCUGAGCUUCCAGAAAUUGUGAAAACCGUACAAGAUGCGUGGGAGAAGGUUGAAGACAAAUAUGUUGUGACAUCUCUUGGAGUUGCUGCAAUUAUUGCACUUUGGGGAUCCACUGGAAUGAUAUCGGCAAUUGAUAGGCUGCCAUUGAUUCCUGGUGUUCUUGAACUUGUAGGAAUUGGAUACACUGGUUGGUUUGUAUAUCGGAACCUGGUUUUCGAGCCUGAAAGGGAAGCUUUGAUAGCUAAGAUCAAGAGCACCUACGGUGAGAUAAUUGGAAGCAGCUAACUUUGAGGAUUUCCUCUGUAUCGGUUCAGAUAAAGCUCAGUCUCAUGCAAAGGGGAAUUCACUCCUCAAGAUUAGAAGCUUUGAAUCUUUUCUUGUUCUUUAGACUGAAAACAUGUUAUAAAGCUUCUGACCUGGGCAAAUGUAUUCAGUCAACCAAGUUGCUCUCCUAGAUAUUAUGUAUUUUAAUAAAAACCAAUUGUGUAUUUGAAUAAAAUUUCCUAGAAUCAAAUUCAUCAUUGACAUCAA